AUGCCCCUCAACAAGCAGGACACCAACUACCAGUUUGAUGUCAACGCGGACAGCCUGGAGCCGGCCCUGGACAGAUUUGCGCAGUUCUUCAUAUGCCCCCUCAUAUCAGCCGACGGCGUGGAGCGCGAGAUCAAGGCGGUCGACUCGGAGCAUGGCAAGAACCUCGUCGCAGACGCGUGGCGCCAGCACCAGCUGGCCAAGCACACCGCCAACAAGGGCCACCCCUACGCCAAGUUCUUCACGGGUAACCUGGAGACGCUGAUGACGGCGCCCACGGCCGCGGGCGUGGACGUGCGCGCGCGGGUGGCGGAGUUCCACGCGCGGCACUACAGCGCCAACCUGAUGCGGCUGGCGGUGUACGGAAAGGAGACCCUAGACGAGCUGGAGGCCAUGGUGCGGUCGCAGUUUGGGGCGGUGGCCAACAACAACCUGCCGGUGCCGUCGUUCCCAGAGGACGUCUUCCUGUCUGAGCACCUGGGCUGCCUGCUGCGCGUGGUGCCCGUGAGGGAGGGCCACGUGCUGCAGAUGGACUGGGACACGCCCCCAACAGACAAGCUCUACAAGCAGCCCUUCCCUUUGCUGUCAAGUCCCUAUUGA